AUGUCCGAUUCGGCCAUCGACCUGGAUCACGAUGGAAACCCGGUGAAGAAGAACGCCACGCGCCGGGACCAGGUGAACAUUGCCUUUGGCACUGGAGAGGUGACUGGUGAGUUUGUGCGGGAAACCGUUUGCCUCACUCCUGGUGCCAUGGAAACUCCGCGCAAGGAUUGCACCGAGCUUCGUGUGAUUUUGGCGAGCGAGAUGACCAAGGAGCCCUUCAUGACUUUCGAGUUUGAUGGCGUGUUGGGCUUGGGUCUGGCAAGCCUGGCGGUGGAUCCUGAAUUCA